CUCGCGCGCCGUCCAACGCUGCAAUCUUGCAAUCUCCCUCUGCUCGCCCGCGCACCCGCUGCAAUGCCGCUAAUCAACGAAUCCUAUGACGCCCUCCCUUACGUCGACGCCCCGCCCGACGAGGCCAGCCUUGCCGCUGCGAAGGCCCUCGUUGAGAAAGACAUCCAGAGCAGUGGCGUAGAUGCCGCUCAGCUGCACCCCGCCCUCAUUCCCGCUGCGUCGUACACGCCCAAGUUCUCCGCCGCUGUCGAGCAGGAACAUGCGCGCCUGCAAGCCGAUCCAAAGUCCAAAUUCUCAGCUGUCGACCUGAAGCGGUACGAGGAUCUCGAGGCGCCGCCGAAUACAAGCCCCACCAGCGACGAGGACCGACCGGAGGUGCUCGCGCAGUGGAACGCGGCGCUGAAGAAGGCGUACACAAGCUCCGAGUACGUCAGUGCGCGGUUAAUGGAGCUGGGGCUGCUGGAGAAGUUCGGCAAGAAUGCAUGGUUGAUCGGCAAUUCGCAGCUGGAAGAUAUACUGAAGUCAAUUGAGGCGGAGCUCGCAGAUGUGAGGAGGCAGCAGGAAGAGAUGGAAGCGCUGCGGCGGUCGCAGCAGGAGAGCGUGAGCGGCGAGAUGAAGACGCUCGAGGAGACGUGGAAGCGGGGCGUGGGACGGGUGCUGGAGACAGAGGUUGCGGCAGAGGGCUUGAAGCAGCAGAUACUGGACAGGAGGCGGGCAGGCGCUGUCUGAAACGUUUUCUGAGUCCCUUCACACUGCGCGAUCGCCGUGGUAGGUGGGCAUAGACACGUGGCGGGGAUAAAAUAUGAUACCCAAAUGCUGACUCCUUACUUAUACAUGGUCUAGCCACCUUGGCCCCGUCCUCAGCCAUAUCUACACCUCCGUCGGGGACCACAUUCCCCGUACCCUCAAAUUGUGACCUGC